UGGGCCCCUAUAUGUCGCUGGCCGUGCUGCGGAGUGCCGUGUGCAAAGUGUUAGAAAAAUGGAAGGCCCGCCAGCCACCGCAGCACACGCUCACCGGGUUCUGCUGCGAACUGCCUAAGUGCGCCUACUCCUCCUAGACCGCCCGAGCCGACCGCUCUAAAUCUCCGAGAUGCCUUUCAAGCCCGUUGAACAUGCCAAGUGCCCUAAGUGCGGCAAGUCCGUCUAUGCCGCCGAGGAGAUGCUGGCUGCUGGCAGCAAGUGGCACAAGACCUGUUUCGUUUGUGGUCUGUGCCACAAGCGGUUGGACAGCACCAACGCUAGUGAGCACGGAGGAGAGCUGUUUUGCAAGCAGUGCUACGGCCGCAAGUUCGGACCCAAGGGCUACGGCUUCGGCGGUGGCGCCGGCUGCCUCUCGAUGGACAAGGGCGAGCACCUGGGAAACGCCGAGUGCGCUAUGAGCAACAAGCCACACGACCCCACAUAUGGCUAAUUCUAUACAACAGAGCAAUGGAACCCAGUGAUGCACUUGUGUAGUUUUUUUUUAUCUUUUACUCCAUCGUCACACAUCUAACAACUAUCGUCGCAGUGUACAAUGUGAACCGACAGCACUUCGUAAGCUCCCAAGCAUUUAGCAACAACUAAAUAGCUGCAAAAGAUGGAUGAGAGAUUUUACUACAAGUAAAUUUAGACAGAGUCCGAUUCGCGCAGCGAUCAUGCAUCAAGCCGUAUGUUAGAUGAGUGAGUAGACAAUAACGGCCAGAGUAUUGUGCACCCUACUGCAUUCGUGGGAGAAAAAUAUACACCUGUAUCGCUUCACUGUCCUCAUUCCAUAAUGGAAACAAGUUUGUACAUGUUUCGAACUUCUCGUCGAGCGAAGAUCUAGUCUCAAAGCAGCUUCGUUACUGUCUAGCUAGAAAAUAAUGACGACGUGCAAGAUUUAUUUACGAAAAAAAAAAUGCUAACAGAAAUGGCGCCUUCAGGAGUUCGGCGCGUUGUUACGUUUGGUCUUGUUUCGAACCAGUAUCAAAUGUUGCUAUAUCAGAGUUCGAAUUUCACCUGAAAUAAAGAUUUGUAUGACGUAUCAAA